GCCACACCCCUUACUCCAAUUGGCUGCUUUUGAGUCAUAAAGGAGGCUUCUGAAAGACAACAGAAGGGCUUCUAGGGAGCUGCACGCAGGAACUGCUUACCUUGGACAAAGCUGGUCUGUGGCGGAACUAGUCCUGGAAACCCCAAUCCUUUUAUAAAGAUUUCUUCUGCAUCUUGCUGGGUUGACACUCUUUCACAAGGGGCCUGGCUCACGCAGCCACAGAACCCGGCAGGGAUGCUGCUCCUGCCGCUGGUAUGGGGAUUAUGGUGCCUGACUGCUCUGGAGCAGGGGGGCCCUGCAUCUGCUGCCUUUCUUCCCCCCAGCGUGGAGAGACUCUUCCAGGAGUUUAACAACAUCUUCGAGCAAAGUCAGGAAGCGCUGGAGCCCUCGGUGGACAUCAACCAACUGCCCUCCAACUACCACAACGAGGAGAAGCAACAACGGAAAGUGGGGAAUGCCACUGUGUACAGCCACCGUGAAAUCAGCAAAGUGACCGAUAACCGUACAGGCGAUAUGGUGUUUUCAGAUAAAACUGUGACCUCUAUCGAACAGGGAGAAGUCCACCCAGAUGAGGAGAAAGAGACAAAGCCGGUGGCUAGUCAGGAAGAAAAAAGUCCCGAGGCAGACAGGCCAAGCCCUGGGCUCAGAUUCAUCAACUUGGGUCUCCCCCAGCCUCGGCCUCGGCUGACUUUUCUGAUCUUUCGUUUGCCCCAGCAUCUUAAGAGUGAGGAGAUGCCCGAACCCAACUUGGUGAAGGAAGAGCCAGUCAGUGAUAGGAGGCACAGGUUGCUGGCCAUUAGGAACGGGCUUCUAACGGCCCCCCAUCCCAUCAAGAAGAAGGCCCUCACUUUGAACCGCACAUUUGUACCACGGAAGCACCGCUUCUUUUUCCUCUGGCGGAAGAAAAUAUAAGGCAGAGGGGAAACCUCACUGGUCUUGGGAGAAUAUCCUGGUUUCCUCGACCGCAUCCAUAGGGUUGUAGGGAAUCCUACUAAAGGAGGGAAAAUGGUUUCUCUGAAAAUCCUGAAAUAAAAGUAAUUCCUUUCAAAACAAA